UCACUCCCCUCCCAAAACCCAUCUCCACAAUCAACAGCCUCCUUCAACAGUGAAAUAACAGAGGCCAACACAAAGAGCUUGCAUAUUCUCUUCUUCCGCCGUCGUCGACGGAGGUUUUGCUUGACUAGAACUUCCUUCUACGGCGGCGUUUUUUAUAUUCAAUUCUCGUUUAAAUAAAAUUUUCAAACAACAAAAGUAUCAAUGGCUCGCUCUCUAUUCAACGCUAAGGUGUUUUUAUCCCUUGUCGCUGACAACGUCUCCAUUGCUUCUCAAAGGCGAGGAUACGCUGCGGCAGCACAAGGGGUUUCAGGAGUAGGAGGAAGUGGGAAGAAACCAUCGAAAGAAGAGAUCGGACGGUCAGCUGAGAACUCGUGGGUCCCAGAUCCCGUAACUGGAUACUACAGGCCGGCUAAUCGUGCGGCUGAGAUUGAUGUUGCUGAACUCCGUGAGAUUUUCCUCAAGCAGAAGAUUAGAUCUCAGUAGAUUUUUAAUAUUUGACCCUAAAAAACAGAAAGGAAAAAAACGAUCAAUGAUACCGUUUACGGCUUCUUGUGGGUCCGUCGGUGAGAUUAUCAAAUUGAAGAUUUAAAAAGAAAAAAAAGCGAGAAAUUGUGUGUUUUUGGUAUGCAGUAUGUAUAAUUCAUGACUAUUAUGUCCUCAAUUCUUUGAGUGACUAUGAAGUUAUGAGGUUUGUAUCAUAAAAAAAAUAAAAUUAAUGAGAAUACUUAUGGUUUACAUUUUACAAUUAGAAUUUGGAGAUUUUCA